AUGGAGUGCAAUUCUUGUCCAAUAAUUGCAUGCAAGCGGUCGAAGGUGGAAGAGGAAUUGAGAAACAAAGUCUUGUGCUUUCAACGUCGAGCAGUGGACAUUAAAGGCAUAAUUGAUGGUUGCCAGCAAUCUGACGGAGCUCUUCUAGGGGGAGAGGCCGAUGGCGAGUAUGAUCUAAGUGGUUUUGCUGUCAGCAUUGUGAAAAAGGACUUAGUUAUUGAUGGGAAAAACAUGGGGCAUGGUGAUUUAUAUAUUGGCCUGCCAUCCAGCGGCGUGAAUUCAAAUGGAUUUUCUCUUGUUAGAAGGGUCCUCAUUCAAAGUGGCCAUUCCUUGAAAGAUAGUCUUCCAGGUUCAUCUGUUACUCUAGGCGAAGCUGUGAUGGCACCUACUGUAACACUAUAUGUUCUCCAGGCCUUUGUUUGUUUACAAUGGUUGCUAUUGACCAUUACUAUGCACUUUGCUCCAUAUUUACUAAUUCCCAUGCCAUCCAUCUUGUAUGUUCUGAACUUUAUUGGCAAAGGUGGUGUGAAAGGGAUCGCCCACAUCACUGGUGGUGGUUUUACUGAUAAUUUACCCCGUGUCUUACCGAAGGGCCUUGGAGUUCUCAUAUACAAGAACUCUUGGAUGGUUCCUCCGAUUUUUAAAUGGAUUCAAGAGACUGGAAGAAUUGAAGAUGCAGAAAUGAGUUGA